AACAACACUCGAACCAGAAACCCUACAGAGAGAACCUUCUCCCAUUUUUCACAAGCGCAGUUACACCCUCACUCCUUCCCCUUCCCUCUCUCGUACACCGCAAACAACAUGGCCGAACGUGGAAGUGGAGAUCGUGGUGGAUUCGGUCGUGGCUUCGGCGGUCGCGGUCGCGGCGACAGGGGCCGUGGCGGACGCCGUAGGGCCGGGCGCCGCGAGGAGGAGGAAAAAUGGGUUCCUGUAACGAAACUUGGACGCCUCGUAAAGGAUGGUAAAAUCCGGAGCCUGGAACAGAUCUACCUGCACUCACUCCCAAUUAAGGAGCACCAAAUAAUCGACACCCUCGUCGGUCCUACUCUCAAAGACGAGGUCAUGAAGAUCAUGCCUGUCCAGAAACAGACUCGCGCCGGUCAGCGUACGCGCUUCAAGGCCUUCGUCGUCGUUGGUGACGGUAACGGCCACGUGGGUCUCGGUGUCAAGUGCAGCAAGGAAGUCGCCACCGCCAUUCGUGGCGCCAUUAUCUUGGCUAAGCUCUCUGUUAUUCCCGUCAGGAGAGGGUAUUGGGGAAACAAGAUUGGAAAGCCCCACACCGUUCCCUGUAAGGUUACCGGAAAGUGUGGUUCCGUCACAGUUCGCAUGGUCCCUGCCCCUCGUGGGUCCGGUAUCGUCGCUGCCAGGGUCCCCAAAAAGGUAUUGCAGUUCGCCGGAAUCGAUGAUGUUUUCACCUCCUCCAGAGGUUCAACCAAAACCCUCGGAAACUUCGUCAAGGCCACUUUUGAUUGCCUGCUUAAAACCUACGGUUUUCUAACACCCGAAUUCUGGAAGGAAACUCGCUUCUCUAAAUCACCAUUCCAAGAAUACACAGAUCUAUUGGCAAAGCCAACAGGAAAGGCCCUUAUCCUGGAAGAGGAAAGAGUUGAAGCUUGAUGCUUGAGCUAGCAAUUUUGAAGUUAUCUGUUGAUGAGUGUUUUAAGUAUUUUGCUAGGACCCAGUAAUUAUAUGUUUUGCAGGUUUUUGUUAUUUCCUUUAUUAUUGAGUUUAUUGGUUUUGACCCUGUUUCAAAUACCAAAAUCUUCAUGGAUUUAUAAAACUUUCACGCUGUCCUAACUUAAUGGCAGAUUUCAUAAUUGAAAGAAAAGUGUGAUCUGGGUUUAAGUUCCCAUGAGAUUUGAUUAAA